UACAUCCAAACAACUCAUAAAAUAACGACUGGAUAUUAAAGCAUGAACAAGUCUAAAGUGAAACAUUUACAUUCUCUAACGUAGGUGGUGCAAGCUUUUAUUGUCUCCUUGAUAUGUCUGGCUGGCGCCUGUGCAAUGAUGUCUUGGGAAAUUCCCGAUGACGUCUUGAGUCAUGUGACUGCCGAGCUGGAUUUGGAUUGGAUAGUAUACAAGAAGGUGCACAAUAAGACGUUCGAUGGCGUUAAGGAGGAAAUGGUCAGACGGCUUUACUGGGAGGACACUUUGCGGUUCAUUCGAGAACACAAUCUGCGCUAUGACAGGGGAGAGGUGACGUACACAGUAGGAGAGAAUCAGUUCGCAGACAUGGCGGAAGACGAGUUCGAGAAGACGAUGCUCCGGGGUCUGAUCGUGCCCGAGGAGGGAGUGGAAGACUACCCGGAAGCUCUGACAGAGCCAGACCAUAAUGCCCCUCUGGAAGUUGAUUGGAGACAGCGGGGUGUGGUGACACCCGUCAAAGACCAGGGCUCUUGUGGCUCGUGCUGGGCAUUUUCCGCAAUCGGUUCACUAGAGGCGAUAGUUAUUAAGAACAGCUGGCGGACAGUCGAUCUGUCCGAGCAGAAUCUCGUGGACUGCGCAAACAGAAAAUACGGCAACUACGGCUGCAGAGGAGGCUGGAUGAACAGAGCAUUCAACUACAUCCGCAAUAACAGAGGAGUUGAUAACGAGCAGUGCUACCCGUAUUCUGGUCAAGUCAUCAUUCACAUUGAAAACAAAGAGGAAUCAUCGAGAUUCUCCGAGUGA